UAUAGCCUUCUCUCUCACUUGUUUCUAUACAUGGAAAUUUAACAACGAUCCCCAAUUCUCAACUUUCCAAUUUCAUAACCAAUAAUCAGAAGAAGCCAUCCUCAUUUAUGAUCCCAUCCUCGCAAUUGGAUCCGCCAUGGAAACGUCGACCACCACAGCGCAAACCCAGUCUGAUAAGAAGAGCCUCCUUAAGUCCUCCUCCUCUAUCACCAACUCCUUCCGUCUUCGUUCUCCUUCUCUCAACUCUGUCCGCCUCCGUCGCAUCUUCGAUUUGUUCGAUACCGAUCAUGACUCCCUCAUCUCCGUUGACGAGCUCAGUCGCGCCUUGGUCCUCCUCGGUUUGGAAACUGAUAUCCGAGAACUUGAUUCCAUGAUUAAAUCCUACAUCCAGCCUGACAAUGAUGGCCUCACUUUCGAUGACUUCCAGGCGUUGCACAAAUCCCUAGGCGAAUUGUUCUUUGAGGAUGCAGUUGGAGACGAUGAAGACACGGGGAGUUAUGAUAGUAGGAAGCAGGAGGAGGUGGACCUGACUGAAGCAUUCAAGGUGUUUGAUGAGGACGGAGAUGGAUACAUAUCCGCAAAGGAGUUGCAGGUGGUGCUUGAAAAGUUAGGGUUUGCAGAGGCGAGUGAAAUGGGAAGAGUGGAGAUGAUGAUAUCAUCAGUUGACCGAAACGCCGAUGGAGUUGUUGAUUUUUCGGAAUUUAAGGAGAUGAUGAAGAAUAUUGCUCUGAAAUAAUUGGUCUUAUUAGUUUACGGUUUUCAGGUUUUCCUUUUAUUGUGUAAAUUUGUUUAAUGAUAUGUUGCAACCACAGAUGCACAAAAGGCUGAAAGGCCAAGCCGGUUAUGACUGAUCCGAUGAGGGCAGUCCGUCUUUACCCGUUGGUUUAUUGUUUUUAUUUUUAUUAUCUUUUUAAUUAUAUGUCAUCAAUCUUGUACUAGAAAAACAUGUUACCUUGUUCG